CUGCUGCUGACUGUUGUACAGCUCGCCUCCAACUUGGCAGGUGCUACUGCAGAUUUGCUCUUUCCUCCAGAUACUUCAGGCAGAAUCUGCAACCUCUUUUGAGCUUCUGUUGGUUGGAAGGAACACAGACCAUGAGGCUCUUGCCAGGGAGCUGUUCCCUGUCUCCGUGUUUCCUGGGGGCUCUGACCUUGCUCCUUUGCCUGUCCAGCCUACAUGGCUGCAGUCCCCCUCCUAGGAUUGCUCACGGGCACUAUAGGUAUACCAGUGGGGUCCUAUCGCUCAGCACCGUGGUGCAGUAUGAAUGCAAGGAAGGAUAUGCUCUCCUAGGAGCAGCUGAAAUCUCCUGCCGGUUUUCAGGAUGGUCGCCUCCAGCUCCUCGGUGUAAAGCUCUGUGCCUAAAACCGAAGAUACCCAGUGGAAAGUUAUCUGUGGAGAAGGAUCAGUAUAUCAGCCCUGAAGCUGUCACCAUCCAGUGUGACCCUGGCUACAAGAUGAUUGGCUCCCCAUUUAUCUCUUGCUCAGAAAACAGAUCUUGGAGCCCGGCUGUGCCUAAGUGUGAAAGGGAAGCCCCUGAAGAUCGUGACAUAGUGCUGGCAGGCAAAAACCUCUUAGAGUGUCUCCCAAACCCCAGGGACUCCAGAGUGGCCCUGGAGUUACAUAAACUGUCCCUGGAGAUUGAAAAACUGGAGCGAGAGAGAGAAAAGGAGAAAAUCAUUUAAAUGAUACAUUAUACCUCUUUUCCUGAUACAGGAUUUGCUUUUCUGUACAGUGCUCGAAAGAAAACCUCAGCUUAUCAACUCCACUUAAGCUUCGUCACUUAUUGCAAUAAAUAAUGUGGGUAAAACUUGCUGAAUGUA